GUGGGAGGUUAUAAACCGGGGACAUCCCGGGUGGCGGGAAUUUACAGGAGGGGGGGUGGGUUACGCGGAGUGAUCGCGAAGCUGCUCCCCGCGCCGUGCCCUGCUGCCGCUCCUUCCCCCCCACCUCCCGUUCCCCCUCCUCCCUCAGAGACAUGGAGCUCGGCUGUGUCCGCGCGCAGCCCGUUCUCGCCUCCCGCGCGGACGAGGGGGCGGCGGCGGCGGCGUGCGGGCCCGCGCCCCCCGGGGCCGGAACGCUGCAGGAGCCCGAGGAGGACGUGUACGAGAGCCUGCCCGCCAGCGUGUCGGUGAGCGCCCACAUGAUGGCCGGCUCGCUGGCCGGGAUCAUGGAGCACUCCAUCAUGUUCCCCAUCGACUCGGUCAAGACACGCAUGCAGAGUUUACAGCCCGACCCGAAGGCACAAUACAAGAAUGUCUUCGAUGGUCUGUUGAAGAUUGUGCACACAGAAGGUUUCUGGAGACCUUUUCGAGGACUGAACGCGAUGGUACUUGGUGCAGGACCUGCUCACGCUAUGUACUUUUCCAGCUAUGAGAAAAUGAAAAGGACAUUAAGUGACGCCAUCGGUCAGGGUGGCAAUAGUCACUUAGCAAACGGUAUAGCAGGAGGUACAGCAACUUUGAUCCACGAUGCAGUGAUGACCCCGGCUGAAGCUGUCAAACAACGAAUGCAGAUGUUCAAUUCUCCAUACAAAGGUGUCCUGCACUGUAUCCGGGUUGUAUACAAAACAGAAGGGAUCAGAGCAUUUUACUGGAGCUAUACAACGCAGCUGACCAUGAACGUGCCCUUCCAGGCCAUCCAUUUCAUGACCUACGAAUUCAUGCAGGAACAGCUCAAUCCUUGCAGGCACUUUAACCCCUUGUCGCACAUGCUGUCAGGGGCUCUGGCAGGGGCAACAGCAGCUGCGGCUACCACUCCGCUUGAUGUCUGCAAGACCCUUCUCAACACGCAGGAGAAUCUGAAGCUGGGAAUGCUGAAGACCAAAGGUCAGCACCUCUCAGGCAUGCUCAAUGCCUGCAGGAUGGUUUACAAGCUGGGUGGGUUGCCUGCCUACUUCAAGGGUGUGCAGGCACGUGUCAUCUACCAAAUGCCCUCCACUGCCAUUUGUUGGUCAGUCUAUGAAUUCUUCAAGUACGUUAUAACACAGCGGCAGUCUCAGGACCUGCCGGCCUCCUCUUGAGGGCAGCCUGCCCCUCCCUUCAGCUUCCAAAUGGGGUGGUGUUCUAUCAGAUGCUCCCAUGAUUUUCCUAAGAGCUGAAUUAGGAAGUUCCUGUAAGUCUAAGGAUGUCUAUUGGAUACUGUCAGUCAUGUGCCUGAACUGCUACAAGCUUCCAAUCUCUGCCAGAUCUUUCCCCAUAAGUUCCACAUACCAAUGUUCAAGAUCUGAAGACAUGAAAGAGAUUGGUUUCAGCUCCUGUCUAAGUGUCAGGCAAACAGAAAAAUGGUCACUUCCUGGUGCCCUCCCUUUUCUGUGUUGUAGUGCUCACUGAUGAUUUGAAUAAAUCUUCUAUAAAAACAGGGCAGUUGGAGUGGGUGGUUUCAGAAUCAUGGGGUAGUCCUUGUCUUGCAAAGCCCACAGUCUGCAUGGCACCUUGAAGAGUCUUGCUGGCCUGGUAGGAAACUAAAUCAGACAGACUCUUGGUAAACUGACUGUGUGUGUGUGUGUGUCUCUCUCUCUCUCUUUUUCCCCCCCCCCCAAAAAAAAUGAAAACACUUGCAGCUCACUGAGGGAACCUCAGUUCUCAAAGGCUGGGAUCUUACAGUGCACACUGAAAUGUUUUUGAGUUUGUGAACUGCCUCCAGACUGUCCCUGCACCUUGUCAGGUCCCAGCUGAGGACCUCUGCAGAUAGGAGGGAGAGGGAGCUGGAGAGAUUUCUGCUGAAUCGUUGACUAUGCAGUUGGGUGGGGUGAGCUGGGACACAAUUCAUCCUUCUUUGAAAAUUACAUUGAAGAGAUGGGGUUGGGAGGUGGGUGUUGUGGGAAGCGUAAGGUGUGAAAACAAGGGUUAUGUCCCCUGAACACUGACAAAACAACAGCACAAGAUUGUCAACACUAAGAAAAGGGAUAGAGACGGGUGAGAGAGAGAGAGAGAUAGAGACGGGUGAGAGAGAGAGAGAGAUAGAGAUGGGCGAGAGAGAGAGAG